AAUGGAGCAUGCUGGUAUUUCCUAUACGCAAGCGCAGUAACAGCAACCCCUCUGCUCGUUUACAAAAUACGUUGAGAGUGAGUGGAUCUGCGCAAGCAAAGCGUCAAUUAGAUCAGUAAAUUCCAAAAAAACAAAUCAAGAUGUCUGAUGAUGGAAGUGCAACAGUUGAGAAGAAGAGGGGUAGACCGAGUAAGGCUGCCGAAGAAGUGAAAAAGACACCUGAGAAGCGCGCGGAAAAGCGCCCCGCCGAGAAGAAGGAGGUGAAGAAGGCAGAUGACGGAGAAGCGCCGGCCAAGAGGGGACGCGGAAGGCCCAAGGGGUCCGUGAAGAAGUCGAAAGCAAAGGCCAAGCCCAAGUCGAGCUCAGGAUCAGGAAGAGGUCGCGGACGCCCCAAGAAGGAAGAGAAGAAAGCAGAAUCGGCCGAAGAUGAGGAGGAAGAAGGAGAUGAAGAAGAUUAAACAAAACAAAAAACUAAAAACUUUCUUCGAUAAGAAAAUAAAUAACUAAGUGUUCAUUGUGUUCUUAGGCUCCAGUAUAUAUGUGUAUUACUAAGUAAUAUGAAUGGCAAUUUUAUAUCAUAUAUAUAAGCAUUACAACGUGGAUUCUAUGAUGUGUGUAUUAGAAAAAUCUAACAUUUUAGGAUUGAAAUGUUUGCCAGGUUUUUACAUGUUUAGGAAAUCUUGUAAAGUUGAUAUACUACACUCACAGGUACAACUCAAAUGAAAUCUAGUUAAUAAAAUUAAUUAUUUAUUUGUAAAAAAGUUGUAUUUUAAUCUGUGACCAAAGAACAAAUUUUAUGAAAUGAUUUUAUGUCCCACGUACACACACACACAAAAUUAUCUUGAUAUAAAAUUCAUAGAAUCUUAUUAAUUUCAACUAUAGCACACUAUACCAGUAACAUAUACAACUCUAAAUACCUUUUUUCUAGUUCUAAGUUAUAGCUUUAACUUUCCUGUAAGCAAUCUCAUUUAGGAUUAUUUUGUAAACUAGUUAUGUGUUACUAUUUGAGUGUAACAGGUUAUACGUAAAUGAUUUUCCUUGAGGAAUAUUUGUUUGACAAAUUGUGAAUGAACACUUGGGAAAAUGAGUGGUAAUAAUAUUAUUUAGUACGAUUAACCCCCACCGAAAGUAGUUCAUGUUUAGAAGACAUUGUUCAAUGUCAAAAAAAAGGAAUUUUAAAGUUUUUUCACUUUUUUCUAGAUUGUUUUAGAAAUAACAUCAAAUGAUAGCUCUAGUAUUCAACAGUAUUUAGAUCUAUCAGUAUUGCUUUUAUUCCUUUUUAUUUUUUUGCCACAAUAAUUUUCCUCAAUUAUUUUUUAUGUUCUAGAAUAAUUUAUUUAUUAUACUUACUGGUAAUGUGCUUCUCUUUUAUCUUCCGACUAUGUGUACCUUCAGGCAUAUAAUGUUAAAUUACAUUUAAUCAUGUAAAUUAUGUUUUACUUGUGAAUGUAAUAAAAUGUCAUCUAAAUCUGCCAUUGGAUGUAAGAUAGAAUUAAGCAGGUUCUAAAAUAGUACAAAGUACAAUGAUUCAAUAAACAUUUUCCAAGUGGUUUAAUAAAGAAUAAUUAAAUAAAACUGGAAA